GCGGGGAGAGGCCCCCCCAAAGCAGCACCGGAACCCGGGGGGCUGGGGUGCAGCCCCCCGCCAGCCUCCCCCGCAGCCUCCACCUGCACCGCCAGGAGCGCGAAGCCUUCUUCAGCCUCCUGGAAGACGAGGUGGUGCGGCAGUUCCUGGCGACAGACAUCUGCUGCAGGAUUUCUGAUAAGUACCUGCUGGCGAUGGUGCUGACGUACUUCAAGCGCGCGGGCCUGCCCACCAGCGAGUACACCCGCCUCAACCUCUUCACUGCCCUGUACCUGGCCAACGACAUGGAGGAGGAUGAGGAGGAGCAGAAGCACCAGAUCUUCCCCUGGGCGCUGGGGCGGCGCUGGCGCCGGCUCUUCCCCCGCUUCCUUCGCCGCCGCGACCGCCUCUGGGCCCGCAUGAGCUACCGGGCGGCUAGCCGGGGUGCUGAGGGCGGAGAGACCCACCCCGCGGGUGCAG